AUGCCUGGUCUGCCUGCCAGCGUCGACCUCGACGAGUGCAUCGCCCGCCUCUACCGCAAGGAACUCCUCGCCGACUCGGUCAUUGAAGCAAUAUGCGCCAAAACGAAAGAGCUGCUGAUGAAGGAGAGCAAUGUCGUGCACAUCCUCUCGCCGGUGACGGUAGUGGGAGACAUACACGGACAGUUCUUCGACAUGAUUGAGAUCUUCAAGAUUGGCGGCUACUGUCCCGACACCAACUAUCUCUUCCUCGGGGACUACGUCGACCGCGGCCUCUUCAGCAUCGAAACAAUCUCCCUCCUCGUCUGCCUCAAACUCCGCUACCCGCAACGCGUCCACCUCAUCCGAGGCAACCACGAAUCGCGCGGCGUCACCCAAUCCUACGGCUUCUACACCGAAUGCUCGCGCAAAUACGGCAACCCGGCAGUAUGGCAUUACUUCACCGACAUGUUCGAUUACCUGUCCCUCUCCUGCGUCAUCGACGAUAAGAUCUUCUGCGUCCAUGGCGGCCUAUCACCCAGCAUCCACAGCAUCGACCAGAUCAAGAUCAUCGACCGCUUCAGAGAAAUCCCACACGAAGGGCCCAUGGCAGAUCUGGUAUGGAGCGAUCCGGAUGGGGAGAGGGAUGAGUUCAGUCUCAGUCCGAGAGGAGCGGGAUAUACCUUCGGUGCGCAGGUGGUGAAGAAGUUCCUGGAGGUGAACAGCAUGACACACAUCCUGCGAGCGCAUCAGCUCUGCAAUGAGGGGUAUAUGGUCAUGUUUGACGAUCGCUUGUCGACGGUUUGGAGCGCGCCGAAUUACUGCUACAGGUGUGGGAAUUUGGCGAGUGUGCUGGAGGUUGGACCUGGCGGGGAGAGGAAGUGGAAUGUCUUUGAUGCGGCGCCGGAGAAUGAGGCGCAUAGACUGGAGCAGCAGAAUCAGCAUAAUGCUGCUGCUGGGAGUGAUCCUGUCAAGGAUUACUUCUUGUGA